CUCCUACUCAUCGUGGUUUUCUUCUCUUUGUCUAGCUUUGGGGAUUCCAUUAUUGCUCGAACUCGGCUUACUAAAAUCAGCUUCAAUUCAUCUGCCUCUCUCGCUCCUCUCUACGCUCUCUCUUCUCUUUUUUUGGAUUCAUAGAAGCGAAUACUUCUUUGUAAGCGACUCGGACGGAUUCCGACUUUGGAGGCCAAAACUGCGGCAGUCGCUGUUCACCAAUUGCGGAAGCUCACCCCAACAAUUCCCAGAUCCUUCGCUUGGAUACACAAAGACGCUAGUUUUCAUACGACUUUUCGCUUGAAAUACCGAUUUUCGAGGGCGGCUGCUGGACUUUUACGGGGGAGGCGCACGACUGGCGCUGUUCUGAAGGGGGAAGCCACUGGACGCGCUUCGUCCUACUUACAGGCUUUGGGCCUGAUUACUACAGAAAGAGAAGGAAAUUCGUUACUUAUUGGAAAUCUGGAAGCAUGGCGGAAUCAACCGCUGUCAAGGCGUAUAAAUAUCGCCAAGAAAUCAGUCAGAUGAUGUACGUUUCUGGCGAGACAACCGAACCGUCAAUAGAAACAACCGGUAUCAUCGAAGACAUCGUCCGGCAGCAAGUCAUCGAACUAUUACGAAACUGCACUGAGCUCGCUGCCCGUCGUGGCUCAAAAUCGAUCAGCACUAACGACCUCAUUUUUCAAAUCCGUCACGACCAAGCCAAAGUAUCUCGUCUGCGCACAUUUCUCUCCUGGAAAGACGUCCGUAAAAACGUCAAGGACUCUGACGACAAAGGUGCAGACGCGGAUAUCGCUGCUGGCGACGAUGCUGUCGGCGGUGUCGUCCCUGGAGGCCCCGUAGACGAGGCAGCCAAGAAGAACAAAAAGGCCAAAGUCGGUCUCCCCUGGGAACCUGCGUCUUUCUACUCUGUCGAGGUCCCAGAGCGCGACGACGAAGAAGAUGAGGAGGAGGAAGAGAUGAACUACAUCACCCUCCAGCGUCUGCGCAAGGCCGACGAGCGCACCAAAGUCAUGACCCGAGAAGAGUACGUGACGUGGUCCGAAUAUCGUCAGGCGUCCUUCACCUGGCGCAAGGGCAAGCGCUUCCGUGAAUGGGCUGGUUUUGGUGUCGUCACUGACAGCAAACCUUCGGACGAUAUUGUCGAUAUCCUUGGUUUUCUCACCUUUGAAAUGGUCCAGACCCUAACCGAAGUUGCCCUCAAGGUCAAGGAGCAAGAGGACAUGGCCCGCGCUCAGACCGGCGCCCUGGUCGAGGGUGGCACGAGCAAGAAGCGCAAGCUCCAGCAGGGCCUCUUCGACCCCCCUAGUGAGGGUCGCACGCCCAUCGAGCCAAGGCACGUUCAGGAGGCCUUCCGGCGGUUCCAGCAAAGGCACAAGAAAACGCGUGCUAUGCUCAACAUUACGAGACUGGCACAACACACGACUCUAAAUAUUAUUUAGACUCUUUUUUGUGCCACGUUCUCUUUCUCUUUUCUCUGCUUCUUCCUUUUUUUUUCUUCUCCUUUUUGCUCAAAGUAUUCUUUUGGUUUGGGGGGUUCGCAAUCACUUUUUUAGUCUUAUCUGCUGCUCACUUGUUUGCUUUUCCCCCUUUUGCUUUUCCCCCCUCGUUUCGACUCGGAGUUUUGGGGCUACUCUGACCCGGUUCAAUAUGCGCUUGGAGAGGGUCUUGGGUCAUCAGAUACAUGAUCAAGAACAACGGAUCUGAGAAUCUGGUUAUUUGACGAUUGUAUGAUGGGUUAGUUGGUUUCUUUUGCAAAGUCAGUUGAAAGAGUUUAGCGCAAUCGGUAUUACUGUUGUCAUGUCGUUUAUCGGCGAUGGGCGAUGGGCAACGGUAAAUAAAAGUGAUUAAAUGUAUAUAAACUCUAUCAAGCGGUACAUGUGAAAUGUAAGCUCAUGAUUGCCAUCGCG